AUGAGUAAAUCCACUUCGUCAACCAACCUCUUUGAUGUCAGCGGCAUUGUGGCCGUGGUGACAGGUGGAGGCAGUGGACUCGGACUCUUCAUGACUCGUGCCCUGGCUGAAAACGGUGCAAAGAAGGUCUACAUCAUCGGGAGGAGAAAGGAAGUAUUGGAAAGCUCAGUGAAAGACAUUGGCCUUGACAAUGUCAUUCCAGUCCAGUGCGACGUGACGAACCGAGACAACCUCAAAGCCGCUGUGGCAUUCAUCGAGAAAGACGUUGGAUAUAUCAACCUGCUUGUCGCCAACUCUGGCAUCUCUGGUCCUUCUGGCAACGUGCCUCCAGGGGCCAGCAUUGCUCAGCUCCAAGAGACUCUCUUCGACAUCCCAAUGGAGGAUUUCACAAAUACCUACCAUGUCAACUGCACCGCCGUGUUUUACACAACCAUUGCUUUUCUCGGGCUCCUAGAUGAAGGCAACAAGAAGUCCAAUUACCAGGGUGGCAGGAGUCAAGUCAUCGCAACCAGCAGCAUCGGAAGCUUCAACAGAAAGAUUACAGCAGGUUUUGCGUACGGCACCAGCAAGGGUGCCACAACUCUGAUGAUGAAGAUUCUAGUCACUUACCUAGUGCCGUACCGAAUUCGAGCCAACAUUCUCUGCCCAGGCUUGUUUCCGACAGAUCUUACAGAGAGCUUGAUCAAGGGUGAUGAUCCCACUGCCGAAGGAGCCUUUCCUUUGGAUCAGAUCCCGGCUGAGAGAGCCGGGAGACCAGAAGACAUUAUGGGUCCGUUGUUAUAUUUGGCCUCGCGGGCGGGAGCCUACUGUAGCGGCAACUGUGUUAUCGCAGAUGGUGGUCGCCUGAGCGUUACUCCUGCUACAUAUUAA